GUCGAGAAUAAAAUAACAAUUUAAGUUGUAAGACGAGGAAGAUCAACGCUGCGGCUGCAUGGCUGACUCCGGCAGGCGGUGUCUCCACACGUGAUUCACGUGAUUGAUGACUAAUUGUAUCCACGGCCUGAAUCGCGAUAAGCACGAAAGUGGAAAUCUCAAGAUCGACCAUUCUUCACGUCCUGCCAUCGGCUUCGAAUUUCUCCUAAUCUAUUGCAGAUGCCUUGAUUUAUUUCUCACUAGCCCAAUGGCUUCUUGAUCCACGUUGUUGCCCCGUUGCGCUGACAGUCAUUCUGCAUCCAGCAUCGCGCCGGGUCUAAACGCCCACAGCUGAGACCGGCCGUUGACCGGCAACUCCGAUCCUGCGAUUGGUAUGUGCGCUAUAGUCUGUUGACCAGGAACAUGCUUAUAAUGUCUCAUCUUGCCUAUUAGGGGCCCAACAUGCCACAAACACCAGCCCAACGAGGCUCCACCGCAAAGCCCCCCUCUGCAGGUUUCAAUGCGGGGACACGACCGUACAGAUCGCACAAAGUCAGGGCCUGCGAUUUAUGCCGGAAACGCAAAUCUCGAUGUACUGUGGAUAUUCCAGGCCAGUCGUGCCUAUUGUGUCGGGUCCAAGGCGCAGAAUGCCAUUACCAGGAGGAGUCAACCCUUGAGAAUGGUACGGGGAAAAGUGGUUGGUCCAUGGAACAGGCUGCAGGAACUCCCAUAGCAGGACGGAAGCGCAAGUUCUCGCCGGAUAUCCCCUCCAAUACCAGUCGCUCUUCAAUGGAUUUCACGUCCGGCAACAUUCGCGAUUUCCCCCCAUCAAAGUCAGCCGAUGGCAGCAGUCGAAGAAGCGAGUCCAGGCGUCGGGCACCUGAAGACCCCAACAACGAGUCGGUGCUUAUUGUUGGGCCCGUCGUGGCAGAGGAUGCACAGGUCAUCGAGAAAUUCAUGCCACCAGAGCCGUCUAGUGCAACACCACAGCCGAAAAACCACCCGUACAACGUCUAUUCCAGUGAUCCCAGGAAACCCAUACUAUACACUACAGUAUCCAGGCGAAGGCAGGGUAUGCGCGUUGGCAUCCCUCCCGGGGAAAAUCAGAAGGAGAUCCUUGAGCAAGUCCUAGGGCCUUUCAAACAUGACCUUGUAAGAUUGUUUUUGGAUAGGUUCAAUGUAGCAUUUCCGAUUUUUGAUGGUGAAAGCUUUUGGGAUGCCUACAUUUCUGAUUCCUCGCAUGAACCACCAGCCUCUCUGCUUUGUCAGGUUUACUCAAUGUCACUUGUCUAUUGGAAGCACACACCCAAACUCGCGUGUCAUCCGAAACCCGAUGUGCGAUAUGCUGUUAACUUGACCGUUGCUGCCCUCCAUGAGGAAUUCUCUGCGCCAGGCUUAUCAACAAUAAGCGCUGCUUUGGUUGAUCUGACCGGACGGCCAAUCUUCUCUAUGAUCGGCAAUGCCAUCAGCUGCGGUCGGACCGUUUCACUCGCACAUUGUCUCGGUCUCAACCGGGAUCCCAGCAACUGGAGACUUUCCCAGCAGGAAAAGAACAACCGCAUCCGUCUCUGGUGGGGUGUUGUGAUACAUGAUCAUUGGGGAAGUUAUGGCCAUGGGGUACCGCCCCAGAUUGCCAAGAAUCAAUAUGAUGUCCCUCUUCCCACAGUGGAUGUGCUCGUCCCACAGGCUUCACGCACCCCGGAGCGUGUGAGAGCAGCUCAUUGCCACAUUGCUCUCUGUCAAUUGACAGAGAUUCUGGGCGAGUUGCUACCUCUCGUCUAUGGGUUGCAGCUAAAAUUCCCACGAGAAACGACAAAGAAACUCAGGCAAAUAAGGACAGAUCUGGACAUGUGGGAAGAUUCCUUACCUGACUGGCUAAAGGACCCCGUUGGCAAAAUGGAUACUCACAUCUCGGGUCCUUGCAGCUUACAGCUUGCAUUCCUGGCCGCCAAGAUGCUUGUUAGCAGAGUGGAGCUCAAGGCUGUCAAUAAUGAUACUGACAGUCCCGAGGCUCACCAUUAUUUCCAGACAGAGUGCAGGAGAUCUGCGGAGGAAAUUGUGCAGUUUAUAUCAUCCCUGAGAAAGGAAAACUUCCAGGAGUUUUGGCUACCGUACAGCGCCUUCCAUCUCACAUCAACAGCAACGCUACUUGUUCGCUGCGCCCUAGAAACAACAGAUAAGAAGGUAGCGCGGUCUUGCCUUGCCAAUGUUGAAACUCUCCGCAGUGUCCUCCGUAGGGUUAGAGAAGAAGAGGACUGGGACGUGGCAGAUAUGUGUCUGGAUCAUUGUGAACGAAUCCAACAUACACUGCAAGGGAUUGGCGGCAACUCCGAUGAUAAUUUAAGUGGAUUUGCAAUGGACAACGCCUGCCUAGUCAACCCAGCUGCAAUCUCACUACCCGAGACGCAGACGAAUAACGAAAUCGUUGACGACAUGAUGUCUAUUUCGGGAACGUUCGGCACCAUGGAUGGCUUCCCAUUUGACAUGACAGGGAUCUGGGAUAUCACUGCCUUCCAGGAUGUUAAUCUGACGUGACAUGACAUUGGAUGGCCGGCCAGCUGCGGCUAGUCAUUCAGGUAUAUAUGUGAUAUAUGAAGACAUGUAGAUGUGAAUCCAGUUACAUGGAAAUGAAACGAUAGGCUCUCCAUGCUGCUACCAAUGUAACUUCUCCGUGAGAUUAUACAUCAUCGAGCUAAAUAUUUACUGAAUAUGAACGAGAGCUCCGCUAGCUAACCGCCGACAGUGUAGGAAUAGCAAUAUACAGC